AUAUUAUUUUUUUUAAUUCGUGUUACAGCAUAGCACUAUAUAAAUGUCCCAACAAAAUAGUGUCCUCAUUGCAGACGCAGAAAUGACAUGGCCUGACAAUACAUGUUUUAUAAAACCGAUUGUUGCGAUUUUCGUUUUACACACUGUGGGUCGCUCUUUGCUAAUGUGGUGAAAUAUUUCCCUCUUAACAUUUAAGCUAACAUUAACUAAGACAGGGAAAGUGAAGUGAUUGCAGAUACAUUUUCUGCCAAUAGUAGAUUGUAGAGCUGAGGAAGCGUGUGAAGGAGACUUUCCUUGUUCUUAGCUGCAGUAGGAAACCUUGUCUCAGGCAGAUCAUUAAAUUUACUUUUGUCCUGAAAUGGGUAAAGUCAGCAAUCCCAGGUGGAAGUUUUACCGGCACCAAUUAUUUUUAUUCAUGUUUUAUUCGUUUCAGCUCUUAACCUCAGGAGUCAUACAGUAUUCGGUUCCAGAAGAAAUGGACCGUGGCUCUUUUGUUCGACAUCUUGCAAACGACGUGGGCAUACCUCGUACAGAUGUGGCAGCUCGUCGGCUACGCAUAUCCUCAUCAUCAAAGAACCGAUUUUUAAAUGUUAAUUCUGAGACCGGAGAUUUGUUCCUGACAGAGAGAGUAGACAGGGAGGAAUUGUGUGAUAAAAAGCCUUUGUGUCUUCUGAUGUUUGAAGCUGUUGCUGAAAAUCCCUUUCAAAUAUUUGCCGGGGAGAUUGAAAUCCAGGACAUCAAUGACAAUCCGCCGGUGUUUGUACCUGACGAGGUUAAACUAAGUAUCAGUGAGCUGACAUCUCCGGGAUCCAGCUUUCCUUUGGGGCAGGCGGAGGACCCCGAUGUUGGUGUAAAUUCACUGCUUGAUUAUGACCUUAACCUUAAUGAAUAUUUCAGCUUGAUUGUGACGGACACCGAAAGCGGUCACUUCAUAGAGCUUGUUUUAAAUAAUAGUUUGGAUUACGAGAAACAGACCGAUCAUUUUGUCACACUCACAGCAAAAGACAAUGGGAUCCCAAAGCGAUCUGGUACCGCACGAAUACAGAUCAUAGUUCUUGAUAUAAACGACAACAAACCUGAAUUCAGUCAAGCAGUUUAUAAGACUAGUCUGAAAGAAGGUUCACCAAAAGGUACGUUAAUAAUUAAAGUCAACGCAACAGACAGUGAUGGUGGAGCUAAUGGAGAGGUAAGAUAUUCUUUCAAAAAAAUAACAGAUACAACACGUUCUUUGUUUAGACUGGAUCCAGUUAGUGGUGAAAUUAUCCUGCAAGGGAUUCUAGAUUAUGAAGAAACGAAAGGGUUUGACAUUACAGUUGAGGCUAAAGAUGGCGGUGGACUGACUGCCCAAAGGAGAGUACUCAUUGACGUUCUUGAUGACAACGAUAACGCACCUCAGAUAACCAUUUCCUCUGUUUCUAAUGAAAUUUCAGAAGAUGCCAUUUCUGGUACUGUUAUUGCAUUUAUAAAUAUUGAUGAUUUGGAUUCCACUGACAAUGGUGAAACUAGCUGCCACAUACAACAAAAUAUUCCGUUUAAACUAAUACCUUUAUACAAGAAUUAUUACACAUUGGAGUUAAAUGGGUCGCUGGACAGAGAGAAGACUCCUGAAUACAAUAUUACAAUCACGGCUGUUGAUAAAGGCUUUCCACCUCUUUCAUCUGUAAAGACCAUCUUCCUCAAGAUUUCUGACAUAAAUGACAACCCCCCUCAGUUUUCUAAGGCCAAAUACACUGCAUAUGUAAAGGAAAAUAACCCACCCGGCCAUGUAAUUUUGACAGUGGAGGCUAAAGAUGCUGACUGGAAGCAAAAUGCUCAGGUUACUUAUUCCAUUGUCCCGGGUUAUGUUGGGGAAUCUUUGGUUUCCACAUAUGUCUCCAUUAAUCCAGAUAACGGUAACAUUUAUGCUUUGCGUUCGUUUGAUUAUGAGGCAUUCAGAGACUUUUAUAUAGUAGUUAAAGCAGAAGACAGUGGUUCACCACCCCUUAGUACUAACGUCACGGUCAACGUCUUCGUUCUGGAUGAGAAUGACAAUGUUCCUAAAAUCCUGUAUCCAGCGCCUAGUGACGAAGCUUCUGUGGGGAUAGAGAUAGUGCCUCUAAUGGCCGAAGCAAAUUAUCUUGUGACUAAGGUGGUAGCAGUGGAUGCUGACUCCGGACAGAAUGCUUGGCUGUCCUACCAUUUGUUGAAAGCCACAGAUCCUAGUCUUUUCAAAGUAGGAUAUCACACUGGUGAAAUUAGGACAUCCCGUCCUGUUCUAAUGAAGGAACCAAUGAAACAGACUCUGUCUGUCAUUGUGAAAGAUAACGGGCAACCAUCACACUCUUCCACAGCCACGGUCACCAUACUUGUUUCAGAUUCGGACAGCUUUCCUCAGCCCCUUUUGGAUGCUCUCAAUCCAUCAGAAAACAAACCCCGAGACUCGAAUCUGACCCUUUAUUUGUUGAUUUCUGUUGUUUGCGUGUCUGUCUUGUUUUUUUUCUUUAUUAUAAUUAUAUUUAUAAUCAGAUUUCACAGAUGGAGGCAGUCAUCGUUGCUUAAGCCAACAUUUAUUGAUUACAGCCUCGAACACCCAUCAGACUUUGGCGAAAGAGAGCCCAUGGGACAUAUCCAGCCACCUUACAUACAGAGGGUUUGUUUAGCCUCUAAUUCUGGAAGAAGUGAGUUUCAGUUUAUGAAGCCAUACGGACUUGAUGCAAUGGGAAGCAAAGCAAUUGCUGAUGCAGAUAGGACAGAACCCUAUUCAGAGGAUAGGUUUUAUGCAGAAACUAAUGCUUUUACCCAGGUGAGAUCCUUUAUCAAAUGAUUCUUUGCUUUUAAAGUCUUUUGCAAAUAAUCCUUUUCCUAUUGUAAGGAUGCAUUUAUAUCUGUAUUAAUUGUAUCAGAUAUUUGUUUUGCUAAACUUCAAAUAGUCAUACUUCAAAUAAUGGUUUCUAUGUACUCUGAGCUUAAGAAAUCAUCCAAAGAAAAUAGCCCUCAUCAGUUUAUAAAAUGCAUACAAAUGGCUUUGCAGAUCUUGUAGCUCUUUCAUUUAAUUGUUUCUGAAAUGUAGAUAAAUCAGAUGAGGUGGAAAUUAAAGAAAUGAUUUCUUAACCUGUUUUUGUUUGUCUUCAGUUAUGUAGAUUUGCAUUUCCAGUCACAUUGUAUGAUAUCCUGUGUGCAAAAAUUUUACACAUGUAUUCAUUUAUUUGCUCAUACCUUUAGUGAGUUGAUUCACAAAUCCCUUUCAUCCAAAGCCUAAAAAGCAUAUUAACAUUAAAGUCAGAUAUCUGCAAAGAAAUACCUGUCUUAGUAUGAUGCAACAGCAUAUAACCUACAUCACUGCAAGAAUCAUUUAAGUUCUUCUCCCACUAGUGCUCAGAGAGCUUGAGAAAAUUAAUAUUGCUUUCCUAGGCUGUCUAUUGUGAUGUAAUGAGACAGCAUGAAGAGUGUAAUUAGGCAUAGCAGCUGUACUCUGUUGAGCACAUUUUUAGAGGAACUCAAAAGCAUUACAGGUUUUAGAGGUGAGAACAUGGUGAAACUAAUCAAAAUUCUUAUAACAGAGACCUCCUCACAUAUUCCUUAGAACUAGGACAGUUCUUGUGAGUUAAUGGUUGCGGGAUAAUCAUUUGAAAUGGCAUACGUUGCUCAAGUGUCAGAAUAGCACUUGGAGAGAUGCAUGCCUUUUAAUAUGAUACAAAAUAAGGGAUAACAGUAUGAAGUUAUGAGGACAGCAUGAAAGUGUUUAGGUGCUCAUUUGGAUUAUACUGGUGAAGUGGAAAUGCCAAUGUAUUUAACUUCACAUGUCUAAGUACAUUUUGUAAUCUAAUUAAACGGAGACCUUUUAGAUAGGGAAUAAAUUACCCUUUUAUGUUUUUUAAUAAUCUUCCUUUGUUUUGAUUUGAUAACUGCUCUCACUUUUGAUUUUUAUAGUCAUUAUAGGUAUGAGAAAGAGAAUGAUAUCCAGUUUAAUGUGUAGCGAGUGCAGUAAUUUAGCAUAUUUCAGCCUAGGUGGAGGUAUUAGUAACAGUAAAGUGACUGGAUAAUUUAUUGACAAUACCAAGGUGUCCCUAUAUUUAUUCAUUUAAUUUGGUAAGCACAUGAGAUACAAGUGUCCCUUUUCAAGGGGAAUCGAAGGUGCACUGUUUGGUUAAGUGACUCACCUUGAAGACCAAUGGAAAUGGAAGGAAUUAGAUCCUGUAUUCUUGAUCUCAGGAAGCAACUCAUUAACAUAUCAGAGUCUUAAUCCUUCAUCCUAGCUAAGAAAAACUCCACUGGCAUGAACCAAACUUGAGAAAACAAAAAAACGGGCACUGCUCAGUAGGAGAAACCACGAAGUUUAUUGACUUAAAGCGCUUUUCAUUUGCACUCAAGGCAAACUUCAUCAGAAGUGAAUACAACCUAACUCUCAUGACAUUUAAAUGUUCCAGUGAAAGUGACGUACUCAGAUAACAAGUUACGACACAGCUAUGUAACCCACGACAUCUGCGUAAACAUUAGUACAAAAUUAAACAUAAUAUAAAAGUUUAUAAAGACAUGCAUGUAAAAACGUGUACAUCGCAUAUCAUUUAAAAACGUAUAAAACACUCAUAUCAAGC